UUAAACAGGCUUAAGACUCGUGAGUUACUUAGUCAAACAGCUCAGCGUAAUUCAGUGCAUCUUUUGCUCCUUGGAAAAACAAGAAGAUGAAGUUACUUCUACUCGUUUGCCUCUAUAUUGGAUUGGGCUGCUCAACACGGCGGGUAUGUUCGUGACGACCAUAUGUUUUUUUAAGACAAGGUUUUCAUGUUAAGUAAGAGUAAGACGCUUCGAUCCACUCGCACCGACUGUUAAUGAUGUAAUGAUACCUCGUAUUUUUUUCUUACUUUCGAAAUCCAUCUUCGGCAAGAUGCCAUACCUUUCUCCCCCUAUGAAUUGUUCCGAGUCUUGUUUACCGAACUGAUGAGCAUAAUUGUGGAAUCUUUUGCCUAAAAAUUACCUCACUCACUCAUCCGAUAAAAUCCAACGGUCGUCAUCGGAGUGUAAUCCGGGAGUGAGUUUUGUAUACAAACCAUUUUCAGGUAUUCAAGUUUUGUUUUUGUUUUUCCUGCUCCAGCACAAGCUAAAAGAGAAAAAGUUUUUGAAACUGAAAAACUUUCGAGACUGCACGUUUUAACAGUUUUAACGAACGACUCGGAAUACACAAUGAAGCGUGACUUCCAUUCAUCCGUAUCCAUCCAUAACUCUGUUAUAACAAAUGACCGUGACAACUAUAGCUUGAAUGAUUUGAUCAAAACACUUCUAUGGAAUUACGAUUAUUUUCUUUUGUUUCAUGCAUCCAAAGCCCUCCUCUUGAAAUGAAAAAUGCGGCGUAUCAUUAGGGGUGUCCAACGACGCUGUCCACCUGAAUACAUUGAAAACACUUCUUAGGCUAUCUACAGUACUUUUAGAUCAUUGGAAGUGGAUUCUAAGCGGUGCUAUAAAAGUUAGGGCAACUUGAGUCCUUUCGAAAUACAAGGGAUUCAGUAUUGUUUUCCCGAAAAUUUCAGAUGCAAUUGAAAGCGUGACGAAGUUUAUUGUUUUUCCGACUCCUCUCUCCAUUCAAAUUUCCAAUACGAACAGUUUAGGUUUCGUUUGUUUCAAAAUAGAGCUGAACGUGGGGAGUGAAAUAUCGAAAAUUAAUCUUCAGAAAAUAGUACGGAAUUUGUUACGUGAGCUUCGAAAAUCGUACAUGACGGAACGGUCCUCUAGAAAUCUUUCGCCGUCCUCAAGCGGUGGAAAAUGCUCACAGAUAUUUUACAGAAAACAUUCGUUGAGUGCCCCUGUAUCAUGUUCCGUUUAUUUAGUGCUUCACAAUUCCACUCAAUAACUUUCUCAACAUGGAAUUUCCUUCCCUUUCAGCUUCUUAUAUUUUGUUGUAAACGCUUGCGUUGAUAAUGGUUUCAGCCAAAAAAGGAUAUCCUCUCUUGGUUUAAUGAAGGGCAUUAGGAUCCUUUUUCUUUUCCCCCUUUUUUCUGAGAAAACAUAAUUGAAAUUGCUGGAAUCUGGUUUCUAUCGGGCGCCAAUUUUCACAAUGCGCACAAUACGUCUUCUUUAGCGCCCCCCAACCCCAUAAAAAUUGCAUAAGAAUUGUUUUCAAUUUCUCCUGGAUAGUACAUUCUUCACAGGAGAAAGCAAAAUCACCAGGUUUAUCAAGGCCAACGAGAAAGCGGCAAAACGCGUGCAUUAUUUUUCUUUCCUUAGUUAGGCUUGAUUGCAAACCCCAUUACCCCACAUAUUGUUGUGUUGUUCUCUUGAGCUGGGAGCAUUUGAAUCUUAUCACUUAGCUUCGCACUCAUCUUGCUAAUGGCUUAAAUUGAGGCCUCAAAUGUGGUUAUUCCAGGACCCCCAACACCUCCCCCUGACCUAUAUUGUCUCUUGAUUUUUUUUCGCGGCAGAACGAAACUGAAAAUAAGUCCCUCUUACAGCCAUCACCAAGUACCAAAUAUCACACUCUCCUCGUCAGGGACACCCAACGAGAAUAUAGUUCAAAACCACUUAAACAUAGCAUUGUUAAACGUAUUUUAGUAUUUAAACGGUAGAUUUAGGCAUAUUUUUAUCCCCUAAAAUUUUUUCAUCUGUUCGGAUUUCCUAGCUGAAAGUCUAGUGAUCCGAAAAUUAUAGGGAUCAAAACUUACCUUUUCGAAAAUUUCAGCCAGAAAAAAGGCUCCCGAAAAUUCUAGGUGACCUUUUAAGGGUAAAAAUCCGUUAAAAAUGGGCAACUAUAGUAGUUUUUAGAUGUUCGAAAAUCCUAGGAGAGGCAGACAAGCAAAAAAUUUUACAACAAAUGUUCCGAAAAUUCUAGAUCUCAAAUCAUCUUCCGAACAGAUAUUUUUCCGAAAAUUGUCGUUGGGUGCCCCUGCCUCGUCACAUCUUUCAUUCACAAGUUCUAAUUCCUAAAGACCAAAAUUUGCCUGAAGCACCAGGGUGCAGUUUGUCUCCUACAGUUUGCCGGAGUUUCGGACUACGAUUUAUAGAAGCCUGGUUUUCCUUGCCUGGAAUCUUCUCAGUUGGCAAAUUUUCAACAAUAGCCUGCAAGUUUCCUUACGACAUUUUUGUAUAAAUAUUAUACUUGGGCACAUAUGGAAUCAAACACAGCUGAAAUAACAUUCAACGUUCCAAGUUCCCUUUUUUUUUAAUUUAAACAAAUUGCACUUUUUCGAUUGAUGCUCUGAUUCACGUCGGUUUUUUUACGGUUUUCGAGUCAAGUCGAAAGAAGCAUUUUUUUGAAGUGAGCAUAGACCGCCCUGGGCGCUUAUUAAAUUUUUGGACCUUGAGAGUGGGCGCUUAUUCAAGGUGAGCGCUUAUUCGAGGCUGGGCGCUUAUUAAAUUUUCACCAUUUUCAGCAAGUGUAGUAUGUUUAUUUUGCAACGAAACAAUAAAUGCUAAUAACAAAACGCGAAGAAGUAACAAAGCAAGGUUUCUGUAAAAUACUCUGAAGAAAACUCCGUCCUCGGGGAAGUCUCUAAUUAGAAUUUAUUCACUCAAGCCUUUAGGAUGGGCGCUUAUUCGAGGUGGGCGCUAAUUCGAGGUUGGGCGCUUAUUCGAAUAAAUACGGUACCUAAGGCUGGAUUUCCACUGUCACGUAAAUUUAACGCGUGUAAAUAAAAUAGAAGCAGUCUAUGGGAGGGUGCGUGUAAAGGUAAAAAUUGAGCAAGGUUCAACUUUUACGUUUACACGCGACCUUCCAUACAUUGCCUCUAUCUUAUUUACGCACGUAAAAUUUACGCGACAGUGGAAGUUCACCCUUACGAGUGCACAAUUUACGUGCGUAAAUAAUAAAUCAGAGACAAUGUAUGAAAGGUCGCGAGUACUAAAGGUGCGCCCAACACUCCAUACAUUGACUCUAUUCUGCUUUAUUUCAUCAAUGUGCCCACCCUCGUAUAAAUUAGGCGACAGUGGAAAUCACGCAGAGCCUCUUUUUGGCCUUGUUAAUUCUUCUACUAUCCGCCGUCCCUGCUUCCUCCGACUUAAAAGAUAUUUUGUUGAAUUGCAGCCGAGAAAGAAUAUGAUCCCUUUUGAACUUCGUCGGGCGAUGAUCAACGUGACGUCGCUGGAUUCUUUCUUCCAAUCCUUGUCAUUUGAAGAAGGAUACAUGAGCUCUCUGAGAAAUGAUGUCAGAAGCUUGAACCAAGGAAAACAUUGUAGGUUCUUCACGUUUUUAUUUUGUUAUAAAAUGUGCAAAAUGCUUCUCUGAAGUAUUGGAAUACGCAGUGUAUCUUUCCAAAUCCAGACGUUUUAGUUAUUUUUGUUACCACCACCACCACCACCGUAAUCAUCAUCAUCAUCAUCAUCAUCAUCAUCAUCAUCAUCAUCAUCAUCAUCAUCAUAAUCAUCAUUAUCGCUAUCGUUACCUUCCUGUCGUUCUUAUCGCUAUAGUUAUUAUAUAGGAAUCGGGAUCUCGUUCCCAUAGUCGCAUCGCUUUAUGUCAUGGCCACGUGCCGCAGCUCUGGGGACGAGCAUAUUAACCCUCGUGUAAGCUGUAUUUUGUCAUGCGCAUAAUUUCUGCGCAUGUGAAUCAGGUUUCUGUGUCAAGCUAUGUCAUACAGCAAAAUCACCACAUUUUUAGGUCGUGUUUGUUAAUGGUUCUCUCUCUCACUUGGAACGGUUUACUUAUACUUUUCCAUACAGCAGCUAUAACUAACAAUAUAAAAAUUAAUUUCACUCUAGAUACCAAAGGAAUCCUGCGUGGGAGGUUGUCUGACAAUUUCGAUGGACUUCCUCUUGUUAUCCUUGACAGUGCAGAAUGUAAAGCGCGCCCUGUUGCAAUUGAGGUUCCUCAGCCUGUGCGCCAAGAUGCGCUAUAUUUUCCAUUUUUUGUGACUUUGCACCGUUGUGGGGGAGCCUGCAAUGGCAGACCGUUUGAAACAAAGUGUGAAGUCCAAGGUAAACAUGUUUCUCUUUAGUACCAUACAUUCAAAUGAAACCUCCUCAGCAGCGUAUCACAUGAUACUGUAGUUCUCUCAUCCCAUUUGCUCAUUCAUAGAAAACAAAAGCACUUUUGCAUGGACGAAGUACAAAACCUAUAAAAACAUGGUCCAGGUAGUCCCCUCUCAGCAAUGGCUCACCAUCACCGAGGUUUUCGCGUCCAAUCCACAUGUAUAUAUUAAUGGUGGACACUUGGAGGGACUUCACCCCUGUACAUAUGGACAACGCGCCAGAAACUCUUAAGGGUACCAGCGUAAAGAUUGUUUACUGAGCCUUCCAAACUAUAUUGAUACUUGUCUGAUCAUUCGUUUUUCUAUCACAUUAUUACGAACACCACCAAUAGUCGGAGUACAGGGGAAAACUGUUCUUGUUGGCCAUUUUGUACCGCAUUCUUAGUAUGACUUCAUAUGCACACCAUACUUGGCAAAAGCCUUAACUACUGUAGCGUACCUCCUAAGCCCUUCUAUGCUUUACAAGCUUGAUUUUAAUUUGUGAAUCGAAGGUUUCCACUGAUUCUUUUCUAUCACUGUAACAUUCCUUCAUUUUACAACCGAAAAAGGCCUGGGGACGAGUUUUUUCGUUAUAUGAUUUAAUUCGUGACAUCACGUUUUAGAAAUUAAAUUAAACCGAAAAAAAAAAUACUAUCCACAGUGGAAACUUCCAUACAGAGAAGAGACUAGGAACUGGCCAUUUCGAGGUUGCCCUCGACUGUUUUGGAAACGAUAUCGCUUCUUUUGGGGGGCUGUUAAUGGGUUGCAUUCGAAAUUGGGUCUGAGAAUUUGUACUCGAAACAAUCCCCAACCUCGUUCCCAGGGUUCUCUCCUGCCCGCCCUACGGAGCGAGAGAAGGGAGGGUAGGAGAGAACCCUGGGAACGAGGUUGAACAAUCCCAUAGCGCAAUUCGACAUGACAUCGACUCAUUCUCCAGCGGAAAUGUUUAUUACAGGGUCCAUUGUAUUUUGAGUAAUACCCUGGAUCUAGAGGUCAUUUCUCAGCCUCCGCUGCGAACUAUCAGGAAUUAACUAAAAAAAAACCGGCACCCGGGGUAUAUAAGUGGUGAUUUGAGGCAUCGAAUGUCAUCCGUUUUACUCAGGGUUUCGUUACACAGGAUCUCUGUUUUAUACGUUUGGUCUUCUUAGAAGUUAUUACUAUAGGAUUGUAUUAAUUGUGUUUUUUCCGCUUUAGAAUCUGAGGAUCUAAAUCUUGUGGUAAACAGAGUUGCCUGGUUGUCUGCCUCGGACAAGUUGCACGAGCUAUCAAGAGAAAUAACAACCGUACGCAUAACAAACCACACCAAAUGCGGCUGUAAGUGUGCUAUAAAGGCAACAGACUGCAACAACAGGACCGAGCGUUAUAACGAAAACACUUGCCGCUGCGAAUGCAAAUCACGCAGUAAACUCUGUCCGUUUAAUUUCAAAUGGGACCCCCUAGAGUGCCAGUGCAAGUGUAACCUUCAGUCUAGCCACAGGUGCAACAAACGAUACCAGUUUGACGAGAAAUUGUGUAGAUGCGUUUGCAGUGGUAAAAAAUGCAAGAUGCCCAACAAAGUACGCGAUCCUAAAGAUUGCCGCUGCAAGUGCCGAAAGCUAGUGUGUCCGAGCGGAAUGCACCAUGAUCGCCGGACAUGUCAAUGCAUUGGAAACAGACGCCGGUCUAGUCUGUGAUGCUUAAAAUUGCAGGGUUGUGAAAAAUACUCGCGAGGAUUUCCUUCACAGAGACUAGAUAAACAAAUGAUUCACGCUUAACGAAUCUACUUUUUAAAAUUGGCCUAGUCGCACAGUUUAAGAUAACUAGUUGUAGAAUUUGAGAUGUUCCCGGCCGAGGGAUGCUCCUUGUUUGGCUUUAACCGGUAUAGCUUUCAGCGUCGUAAGUCUUAGUUUGAAAUUCAAGCAAAAUUUGCCUGCAUUUUGCAAAUUGACCGAGGCCAAAUUAACAAGAUCAAGAGUUUCAACGAAAGCUGAAAAUUCAACGACAAAUGAAAUUUACGUCGCAGUCGUCGUCUUUGAUACCCGCCUAAGCUUCGUAACUGUCAAGUGAACGCCGAACACAGGGCGCUUACCAUUUUGUCGGAAUUGGCCUGCCCAACUGCCUCAAACUUAAAGAAAACUCUACAAAUAGUCAGGUUUUCACAGCCAGAUCAGUCUAUUCCCUAAAUAGUAUGUAUUGAGAUAAUGGGUUUUAGCGAAUACUUCAAAAAGAUUAAAAUGUCGUUAUCAAUGUUAUUCUCCGGCCGUCCAGCUCUGAAUUUUGAAAAAAGCAGGAGUAGGUUAACCGUUUUAGUUUGGUUUGGCCACAGGUUACCUAGACUCGACGAUAGUACCACUGUAUAAAUCCUGUAAAAUAAAAGCGUUUGGAUCGGGGUAAAGUUACGACCGUAAAUUUUGUAGGAAAUACUAAAUAAAC